AUGUCGUCGCAUACAAUUCUUUUAAUUCAACCUGUGGUGCGUGUAGAGUCACGUACGUGGUCCGAUUAUGAGACAACAACCGAUUGUAUGGAAGGAAUAUGUAAAAUUUUUGAGGAACAUCUGAAGAAAUUAAAUCCAAAUUCGGCAUCCAUUACUUAUGAUGUGCAGAAUUUAUUUGAAUUCAUCGAUCGUUUAGCCGAUUUGUCAUGUUUAGUAUGGGAAAAUACACUGAAAGCCUAUGCACCACAUAACAAAGAUUGGAUCAAGGAACAGAUUUACACCUUAUUACGAAGACAAGCAGCUAAAUAA